UCUCUCCCCCCCCCCCCACUGCCAUAUUGGAAAUAUCAACCGGUUGAACUCUCUUUCUGUCCGGCUGUCUGUCAGGGGUCACACACACACACACAUCACCAUGCGUCAAAUGAGCGUCCGAGGCACCUUUCUUCUGCUGCACCACAUGCCUUCAAUCUAACACCGACCAAGGUGUCUUAGCAAUUAUUCCUAGACGAAACAGGCGAAAAAAGCUAGCGUGCGAGAGAGAGAGAGAGAGAGAGAGAGAGAGAGAGAUGGGUAAAAGGUUGUGGGCAUACCUGUGCUGAAUCUUCUUCGCUUUGCUUCAUAAAUCACGCGCGCGGGAGAUGUGAGCCCGAAAACGCAGCAGCCAAAAAUGCAACCGCCAACGAGCGGCGGCGACCGGUGCGUUGUUGUCCACUUGACAACAACCACACACACACACACACACGGAGCUGAACAGCAAACACGAGCGCCGUCGGUGCGUCUGAAACGAUCGUGUAGGAAAAUGUUAACGACUUUUAAGUAUAUGCACACACAGAGAAAACGCCGGGCCCGGUCACACACACCGGGCGUCCGAAGAAGACUUACCCAAUACGUGUGCCUCCUCCUGCUCUUCGGGCGGGCGCGUGCGAAGGAAGAUGCGCUUGCUUCGAUUUAGCUGCUGCAUACGAAACGCUGUCACACACACGCCUCGUCUUCUUCUGUCUCGCGCGUCUCAUCGUUUGCAUCGGGGGAGGUGAAAUGUCGCGCGCGGGUCGGAGACACACACGUUGUAGGCUUUCGUGAUUUUCGGACGGCCUAGUAUAAAAGCUCGGGCCGGGCAUCCGGAAUGAUAACAGUAACCGUUUGCAGCAGCAGCAACCAAGAGGUAGUCCAACCAACCCAACCAUCCCGCAAAGGAGCCAACGCGACAAGCCUUGAAGAUGUACAAACAAUCGCUCAUCCUGCUCUCCUGUGCCCUGGCACUGACGCUGGCCGCACCGCCCGCACCGCUCACCAAACGCUCGCCGCAGGGUGGCCCGGAUGCGGAAGCGACCGUCGUGGCGCAGGACCAGAUCAUCAACGAGGGCGGCUCGUACGCGUACAACUACGAGACGAGCAACGGCAUCAAGGCGCGCCAGACGAGCGACAACGGCGUGUCGGCGAACGGCGAGUACUCGUUCCUCGCCCCCGACGGUACCUCCUACUCGGUCGUGUACGUCGCGGACGAGAACGGAUUCCAGCCGCAGGGCGCCCACCUGCCGACCGAGCCGCCAGCGCCCGAGCACGUGAUCAAGCUGCUGGAGGAUCUGCGCGCCAACCCGCCGUCCGAUCCCGAGUUCGAUCUGGCCUCGCUCGAUGCCACCCUUGCCCGGCUUCGCGCCACCCAGGGCUAGAAGAACCGAGCGAACGUAGAGAACAGAUGAUGAUGAUGAUGAUGCAGCAAGCAGUUUGUACAUAGCUUCAACCGACCGCGUUGGACUCGCCUCACCUAAUCCCCCGUCUCCCCCCACAACACUCCUCCCAUUACCUCACCUUGUGCAGGACACGCAGCCGUACUACGACGCGUCCCUGUGGGGCUUCUCCUCCAUCGUCCGAGGCACCUUCCCGGUCGAUUAGUUAGUUUCAAUUUAGUUUCAAUUGUCCCUAGCACCGAAUAAAAAAAGAAUGAAUUGCAAUUACCAA